GUUGUUAAAACGCAGUCGGGUCCAGUGAGAGGUCUCCUACUCAGCUUCUCGAGCCACUCCUUAAAUCCGGUUUACGCGUACUUGGGGAUACAGUAUGCGUCCCUAAACGGCCCGGAUUUGCGUUUUAUGCCGGCUACAACGCCGGCCGAAAAGUGGACUGAUGUAAGGAUUGCCAAUCAGUUUCGGCCAGUCUGUCCGCAUAAUAGUGACGACAGUGUUGAUGAUUUUUUAUUGCGUUAUCCGAUGCCGAAGUCUGAAUAUGAUGUGGUUAAAAGGGUGAGAGAAUAUAGCAAAGAGCAGACAGAAGAGUGCCUGAACCUCAACGUCUACGUGCCGGUGAAAGGU